AUCAAUACCUGGCUCAAUGAGCAGCAUGUCGGCUUUGGAAUUUCCGGACCCUGUUCAUAACAAUGUUUCAGGAUCAAUGCCAAAGUUUUUGGACAAGCUUCUAGAUCUCAAGUAUUUCAAUGUUUCUUUCAAUAAGUUGGUUAGUGAAAUCCCCUCCUGCGGUCCUUUCAAUAACCUCUCCGGUCAAUCUUUUAUCUCCAAUGAAGCAUUGUGUGGUUUUCCAAGAUUUCAUGUUCUGUCAUGUCACAAUAGUACUUCAAAGCAUAGAUCCAAAAGGAGAAAAGUACUUGUUAUAUUUCUACUGGCUGGAAUUGCACUUGUUGUAUUAGUUCCUAUCACUUUUGUGCUUUUAUGGAUAAGGUUUAUAAGAGGUAAAAGAAAUGAUCCUCGGCAAACAUCUGAUUCAUCUUAUGUCGUCUCAACAAGAGGAAGAAUUUCAUACUAUGAAUUGCUCCAAGCAACCGAUUCACUCAGUGAGAGCAAUUUGAUUGGUUCUGGGAGUUUUGGCUCUGUUUACAAAGGCAUCCUUAGAGAUGGGACUCUUAUUGCUGCUAAAGUGUUCAAUCUGCAAUUGCAAGCAGCAUUUAGGAGUUUUGAUACAGAAUGCCAACUUUUGCGCAACCUUCGCCAUAGGAAUCUCACCAAAGUCAUCACUAGUUGUUCCAAUCUUGAAUUUAAAGCUUUGGUACUUGAGUACAUGCCUAAUGGGAGCCUCGAUAAGUGGUUGUAUUCACACAACUACUUCUUAGACAUCAAGCAUAGGUUGAGCCUAAUGAUAGAUAGUAUAAUGAUAGAUGUGGCAUGUGCGUUGGAAUAUCUCCACCAUGGUUGUUCAUUGCCCGUGAUUCACUGUGAUUUGAAGCCUAGUAACGUCUUGUUGGAUGAGGACAUGGUUGCCCACCUAAGUGACUUUGGCAUUUCAAAACUGCUUUCUGAAGAUGAGAGUGUUUCAUACACUAAAACUUUAGCAACAUUGGGUUAUAUUGCAUCAGAGUAUGGACUGGAGGGAUUGGUGUCAAUAAAAUGCGAUGUUUAUAGUUAUGGGAUCAUGUUGAUGGAAACAUUUACAAGGACAAAGCCUAGUGAUGAAAUGUUUCAUGGAGAUCAUAGCUUGAAGCAAUUGGUGAGCACUUCACUCCCACAUGCAGUAAUGGAAGUUGUGGAUGCCAACUUAAUAACGCCACGGGAUAAUCAAUUAAUGAAAAAGUGAGAUUAUGUGGCAUCCAUCAUGACAGUAGCAAUUGAUUGUUGUGUUGAAUCUCCUAAAGGAAGGAUUGACAUGAAAGAUGUUGUGGGGAGGUUAAAGACGAAAAAAAUUCAACUUAUUUCAUGUUAAGCAAGU